GAAGAUCAGUUGAUCUGCUAGAGAAGUGAAAGCUAACACGUGGGACUAAAAUGUUGUAAUUUUGUGCUCAUUCUUCAUGACACAGUAGUCCCCUUUUAAUUGUGAUUUGUCGAGGACAAUUCUAUUAUUAUCUGAAGGCAAAGUUUCCUUUUCAGUUGAUUGGAGAGCUGUUGUAUCAUGGAGGACAAGGAGGAUGAUGAUUAUGAGUACAGGAUCAAAGAAGGGGACUAUGUUGUUUUAAAACGACACGAAAUCUACAAAGCUGUGCAAAUUCAGUUGAAAAAGAAAGUGAUUUUUGAGAAGCAGUGGAUAUUUUUGGACAAAGCAGUGGGACAGUUGUACAGAACAUCAUUUGAGAUCGUGUCUGGAGGGAGCCUGCAGCCUCUGCAGGUGAAGGACAGCGAGAGUCUCACAGAGGCCAAGGUGGCAGGAACAGACAACAGGAGCAUCAAUGAUGAUGGAAAGUCCCAGAAGCUGACCAAGGAUGACAUUGAAAUGCUCAAAGAGCAAGGUCUGAAGAGUGAGGAAAUUGUCCAGCAGCUCAUAGACAGCAGCUCCACAUUUAAUGAUAAGACUGGAUAUUCCCAGGAAAAAUACAUCAAGAAGAAGAAGAAAAAGUAUGAGAACACCGUGACAAUUUUAAAACCAACUUGCCGCAUCCUGGCAAUGAUGUACCAUGGCCGUGAGCCUGGGAAGAUCUGCCACAUGCGAUACGACACGCUCGCCCAGAUUCUGACUCUGGCCAACAUCCACGCUGGCUCUAAGGUUCUGGUGUUUGACACCUGUGCUGGACUUGUGCUGGGGUCCAUCAUGGAAAGAAUGGGAGGUUAUGGCUCGGUGAUCCAGAUGUACCCAGGAGCUGGGCCUGUUCGUGCAGCCGUGGAGAGCUUUGGCUUUCCAGCACGUUUUCAUGACAUGCUGCAUGAGUUUCCCAUCUGCCACGUCAACGCUUUGAUGGCAGGCACUCUGGACGUGGCUGGCAAAGACUCCGUCGCUGAUGGAAAGCAGGUCAACGUGACUGCAGAUGAAGAACAAAACCAGCAGGAAGGUGGUCCCGGGGAAGAAAGUAUGGAGACGAAGACCAGUGGCGGCACCGAACAGGACCAAGAAACUAUCGAGAAAGAGGAACGCAGAAAAGCCAAAGCUGAAGAAAGAAAGGUGAAGCUGGAAGAGAAGCAGAGGAAAUUGGCGGCAGCUGCUGCUCUGCUGGAAGGCAGGAAUGCCGAUGGGUUGGUAAUAGCAAGUCGGUUUCACCCGUGCCCCGUCGUGUUGCGCCUGAUUGAAUUUGUUUCCCCAUCCAGACCCUUUGUGGUGUAUUCCCAGUACUUAGAGCCUCUUAUUGAGUGCUACACUAAAUUAAAGGAAAGAGGUGGUACAGUAAACCUCAGAAUCACAGACACCUGGCUCAGGAGAUACCAGGUGUUGUCUGACAGGACACAUCCUCUCCUGCUGAUGAGUGGCGGCGGGGGCUACGUCCUCUCAGGGACCACUGUUGCCUUGGACCGCUCCAAACCAGCUAGUUCCCCGCAAGCGUUGGAACCGGCAGCGAAGAGGCAGAAACUGAAAGACUGAGGGAAUAAAAUACAGAAGCAUCACACCUUAUACGGGGCACAUAACCGGCCGUCCAUAGCGAUUGAGCUUUGGACUGUCUACCUUGAACUUAUCUGAUAUUUCUGGAGCAGAGAUGACGGGGUGUCUGGGUUUGCUUUCAUCGGAUUAAUAUUUUCUCCAGUCCUUUGUGCUCGUGUCAGAGCAGGUUAAGGCAUAACGAGUCAACUGCAAACCAGUUUAAGCUCGGUAACGAAUGUUUUGGUUUGUUUUUUUAUUUAAGGAUGGGUAAAAUAGUCAUUUUUGUGCUAAAGAUAGGUAAAGUGUCUUAUGCCUUGCGACCAGGUGUUAAACUGUCUUUUAGUUUAUUUUAUUUUUUUAAUUAAACUGUUCUUUUAUGAAUCAGUUGUUAAUGCAGCUUCACUGUUGCCUACAUCUGUUUCUACGAUAAUUACAAACUGUGUGAAAAGUCCUUGUGAGUGACCACCUUAACUUCAGGAAUUAAAAUGCAGACAUUC